AUGCCCGGCUCCUGUGAAGUCUGCUCUACAGAGUCGUCAAAAUAUCGGUGUCCGACAUGCGGACUGAUGAGUUGCUCCCUCGCAUGCACCCAGUCUCAUAAGAUCUAUUGUGCCCCCAAGGCACCGACAACCCAGGAACCAGCAGACCCAUCUCCAACCGUCGAAGCCAAUCCAUCACAAAAUCAGGACAAAACUGCAACCGACAACCAAAGAAAAGAGCUCAAUGCUGCAGCAGUAGCAGCAUCUCCACAAAUCAAAGACUUUCUUGACCGCCACCCACAGCUCCGUCAUGAGUUACAGGAGAUAUACCGCGCAACCCUGGCAGAUCAGUGGGUGGAAUGGCACACACCAGCAACACGAGGAAGACCACAUGGCCGAGGAGGCAAAGGUCCUUCCCGUCGCAGCCGGGGCCAGUGGACAGCUGAAAAGGGGUUCAAUCGUGGGCUGGGGAAGGUUCGCAAGCUGAGGCAGAGCUGCGACGAUGGCAUUGAGACUGGACCAGUCGCAGAGGGAUUCAUGCAAUUUCUGGCUUUGGUCCACGACGGACAUGCUGGCCAGUCACAGGGAAUGAUAUAA